AUGAAGUUCGCUAUCGCCACCUCUUUCGCUCUGGCCGCCCUGCCCAGCAUGGUCUCGGCUCACUACUUCUUCCCUCACCUGUAUGUCAACGACGUCAAGUCUGAGGAGUAUGAGUACGUUCGCCGCUCGACUCAGGGAUUCCAGCCUCACUUCGGCUUCGACAUCCUGUCUAGCGACGAGAUGCGAUGCAACACUGGAGCCCAGGCCAAUGCCGGAUCAACCAAACUCGCCAGUGUCAACUCUGGUGACACCAUUGGCUUUGGCACCAACCUCGAAGCCAACAUUCAGCACCCUGGCGCAAUCCAAGUCUACAUGUCCAAGGCCACCACCGGCGAUGUUACUACCUACGACGGCUCCGGCGACUGGUUCAAGAUCUAUGAGCUGGGCGCCAACUUCCCUAUGCAAAGCUCUGGUGAGAACUGGCUAGUUUGGGGGAAGAACCGUAUCGACUUCCAGAUCCCCGCCGAGGUCCCGAGUGGCCAGUACCUUGUCCGCAUCGAGCACCUGGCUCUUCACCGUCCUUCCGGUACCGAGUUCUACUUCAACUGCGCUCAUGUCGAGGUCACCAACACUGGCUCUGCCCUCGAGCCUUCCGACUUGGUCAAGAUCCCCGGUGUCUACGAUAGCACAACGGAUGGACUGUCUCCCAACUACAGCAUUUACAGCGGUGGCACCUCUUACCCUAUGCCUGGCCCUGGCGUGUUCCCCAGCGGCUCUGAGCAGAGCGCUGAUGAGAACACAACCCCUACUACUACUAUUGUCGACUCUACCCCUUCUAGCGUCGUGACGCCUCUCGCCCAGGAAGAGACGGGCAAUGUUGGCUGCAACAGUGCCCGAGGCUUCUCUCGCCGUUACUACCGAGGUAACUAG